CGUUUAUUUGCGCGAUUUGCAUCGAGGAGCGUCCAUAUGUAGAUGAAAUAAUGCCGUGAAGUGAUCGCCAAGUGAAUUGUUCUGGUUUUGUUGUAGCCGUUCGUUUGACACCUCGUACUGAGGUUUACCUACCGUCCGCGAAACUUGCGGCGCCAUCGGUUUGAUCGGUGAGACGAGAGCAAUCCAGCCGGCGCUCUUGGGAAGUGCUUGGUGGGACUUCUACAGAACACAUCGUUCUCUGCUUCACAGAAACUGCUCGUCAUGGACGCUGAAGCGGAGGCCCGGCUCACGCUUACGGGGCUGGUGCGGUUAGUCCGAGAAGAACAGUGGCAACAGGCACAGGAACUGUUGGACCUCGUGCGAGCCCGCGGCAAGAAUCUCGCUCCCUUGUCGCCUAGUGCCAACGUAGUUCGCCGUGUGUUGCGACUCAUACGCGACGAGUAUGCCAGCGCCGUCUUGGGUCGCCAGGUCGAGGCCGACAGGGACUCGUUGCAAAAGCUGCUGUUGGCUCGCGACGACUCGGUGAGCGACUACACGCGGCCGUUUCCGGGGCUGCGUGAACAGCUGCUCGACAGCCUCGACGAGCUCGAGCGCGAGCUGCGGCACAGCGCGGAGAACGUGGCUGCCCAGGGCCCCGAGCACAUCCAGUCCGGAGACCUGCUCCUUACCCAGGGAAGGUCGCGCACCGUCGAGGCUUUCCUCAAGAGGGCCGCUCAGAACCAGCGCACAUUUCAGGUUCUGGUGGCAGAGGGGGGACCGCGUUGCGAGGGCGUCCAGCUCGCAGAGUCCUUGGCACGUGUGGGCAUCGCAACCACCCUGGUCCCCGACUCUGCCAUCUUGGCUCUGAUGCCUCGGGUGAGCAAGGUGAUCCUCGGUACGGACUGUGUCCUGGCGGACGGUGGCCUUCAGGCUCCUUGCGGUAGCCACGCCUUGGCCCUGGCCGCGCGACACUGCGCGGUGCCGCUGCUGGUGUGCGCGCCGGGGGCCACGCUGAGUCCACUGCUGCCCUGGUCAGAGAGCGCCUACCAGCAACUGGGAUCCCCGGAGCCCCUUGGCCCAGAGCCGCGCUCCGGAGCGCUCCUGCUCAACCCGGCCUCCGACUGCGUGCCGCCGGACCUCGUUCCGCUGCUGGUGACGAGCGCCGGCGGGCACGCCCCUUCGUACGUCUACAGGCUGCUCAGCGAGGUCUACCACCCCGACGACCACGUGUUGACUGCAUCCUGAAAGGAGGAACGAGAGAGCGGCAGUGCGUGUUGAAAUAAACGGGCAUCUUUGUUAAG